AUGGUAUUUGUGAGAUAUCAAUAUAAUCUAGAAAUAAAUGAAGAUUUACUUUUUUGUGAAACUCUUUCCGAGACAACAAAAGGCAUAGAUAUAUUUAAAAAAGUAAAUGAUUUUUUUAUUAUAAACGAAUUAGACUGGACCAAAUGUGUUGGUGUAUGUAAAGAUGGAGCAGCAGCAAUGACUGGUAGAAUAUCAGGGUUUAAAGCAGAAGUGAUGAAAGUUAGUCCUGAUAUAAGAUUUGUUCAUUGCAUUAUACAUAGAGAACAUUUAACUUUUCGAAAAAUUGGCUGUGAACUGAAUUCAAUUAUGAAUGACGUAGUAUCAAUGGUCAAUUUUGUGAAAACCCGUGCCCUAAAUUCUCGACUUUUUAAAAUUUUAUGUGAAGAUAUGGGAUCCAACCAUAAUACAUUACUAUUCCAUACAGACGUACGUUGGCUAUCCCGUGGAAAAGUUUUGAAAAGAGUUAUAGAACAAAGUGAUGAGCUCCGCAUAUUUCUUCGUGAUAUUAAACCCGAUUUAUCUGCACUUUUAAGUAAUGAAAAAUGGAUGUGUUUAACUUCAUAUUUAGCAGAUUUUUUUGAUAAAGUUAAUGAAUUAAAUCUAUCUCUUCAAGGUAAGAGUACCAACAUUUUAAUACUUACCUCAAAACUUCAAGCAUUUAAACAAAAAUUGUCUUCUUGGUUAAACGCAUUUAAAAAUGGAGAUUCCUCAAUGUUUACGAGCUUACACGAUUUUCUUACCGUUAAUGAGCUUUCAAUGACAACUUCAGUUUCAAGUAUAAUAACUGAUCAUUUGUCUUCAGUACUAAAAUUUUUAUCUGAAUAUUUUCCAAAUUUAAAUAAAAAUAAUGAAGACGAUUGGGUAAACAAACCAUUUUCUAUUUCUUUGAAAUACGAUCAUAUUUCAUGGGCCGCAAAAGAGCAAUUAAUUGAAAUUAGAGAAGACUCAACUCUUGAAACCGAGUUUAAUGAAAAAGAACUUACCGAAUUUUGGUUAAGACGACAGCAAGAGUAUCCUGUAAUUUCAAAAGCGGCUUUACUUAUAUUAAUACCUUUCGCAUCAACAUAUCUUUGUGAAACUGCAUUUUCACAACUUCAAAUUAUAAAAAACAAACAUAGAUCCUGCAUUUCACAACAGUCUUUAGAAUCAAACUUGCGUAUUUCAGUUUCGAAUAUCACACCUGACAUAAAUAUGUUAUGCGAAAAUAUGCAAGCCCAACCGUCACAUUAA